AUGGGGGUUGCUAUCUGUCUCCACUAUGCAGUUAAGAAGUACCAAAACAGAGAGACUAAAGAGAACGAUCAAGGACCUGAGUCAGGCCAGGUAGAUAAGGAGAUAUCCCCUGCUGAGAAUGACCACGAGUCAACUUUUCUUUUCCAUCCAGAACAAUACAAAGAUCAUGUUGACGUGGAGCAUAUAAAACUUACAAAGAACGACCCAGUACAUGAGUCAGGCCAGGUAGAUAAGGAGAUAUCUCCUGCUGAGAAUGACCACGAGUCAACUUUUCUUUUCCAUCAAGAACAAUACAAAGACCAUGUUGACGUGGAGCAUAUACAACUUACAAAACAGCCAGAAGAAGACCAAUCUCUGACUAUCUUUGAGGAGAUAAACCAGUUCAAGCGACUGAAAACUGUAACAAUCAUUGGCUUGAAACUGGAUGAUACUAGCCUGUCAAAUUUAUUCCAAUGCACUUCCAUUCGGUCCCUCAAAAUUUCAAAUUGUCAGUUAGCGUCCAUACCACGAUCUCUGGCAAACUUAAAAGACCUAGAGAUUCUCGACCUUAGUCGUAAUAACCUGACAACACUACCUGCUCGGCCUAUUCGCUCACUGCCCUGUCUAAAGAGUCUCAAUAUAAGCCAUAACAAGAUAACAGUCAUCAGAGAUGUUGUUAAAAAGCUGCAAGCCCUUCAACAUUUGGACGUUUCUUACAAUGCGGUCGGGGAGAUUCCGUACGAAAUACUUGAAAUGGAAAACUUGGAGUUUUUUUCUUGCAGCCACAAUAAAAUAGCAAGAUGGCUUGAUCCAUCUAACGGGGAAAGAAAGGCCAGUACAUGUCAUUUGGCAUCUUUGAACAUGUCCAGUAACUUGCUGGCAGAAGUCCCGCAAAAUGUAAAGGAACUGAAGAACCUAUCGGUAGUGAACUUGUCAGAUAACAAGAUAGGAGAAAACAUACCCGACAAAAUCCUAAGACAGCAAAUUUCGGAGCUUUUCUAUCUGCCUUCUGUGUCUACUAACAAUGAACUAGAAGAUCUACCCCUGGUCCUUUGCUUUCUUCCUUCCUUGACGAAACUGGACCUGAAGCAAAACAAAAUCAGCUCAGUAAGUGAAAAUGUCAAAAGUUGUAAGAGCCUUUCAGUUCUUGACGUGUCCCACAACAGGCUAAAGGAGAUCCCUUCUCAAGUGAUUCGCCUUCCAGAACUUAGAGUGAUUGAUGCCUCAAACAACCAGAUCAGUUCUGUUAGCUCUCUACGAAAGGACGAAUCAUCUGUGGUUGAAGAUGUUGCCUUAGCAGAUAAUUGUCUUUCCCAUUUCCCAGAAGCUCUCAUACAGACGAAGAGCUUAAAAAAGGUUGACUUAAGCAACAACAACAUAAAGGAAAUCCCAGAGACUAUCAUGGAUAUGCCAAAAGAUGUAAAGCUAGAGCUGAAAGGUAACCCCAUCAUUGAUCCGCCCUUAGAGGUCUGUCAGGCAGGGUUAGAGACAAUACAGGCAUUCUACGAAGACUUGACAACGGCCAGCAGUAUCACACAGUGUCUCAAAACACUGUUCCUAGGGACAUAUGAAGCAGGGAAGACCAGCCUUGUUAGGGUGUUCCAAUUGGAUCGCUCCAAUCUAACUAAAACCGGGGAAAGAACUGACGGUAUAGAAGUUGCAGAGCUUCAUCUUUCAGCCCCAAAUACCUCCGAUAUUACAUUAUCUGUGUGGGACUUUGCUGGUCAGGAAACAUACUACAUAACUCACCAAUUCUUCUUGAGUGCAAAGGCUCUCAUGCUCCUAGUUGUGAACUUGGAGGAAUACGAUUCUGCCAGAUUUUAUUCAACAUGUGGAAACUGGAUGGAAAAUAUGAUAGCUAAAGUGGGGAACCCAGUCGUCAUCCCUGUUGCUACUCAUAUUGAUAAACUGGAGCCUGAAGAAGUAGAACCAAGAAUUGCGGAAGACUUCGACAAGAAUCUAGAAUCUAGAAUGCCCGACCAUUUGCUUUUGUGCGUGGCUAAAAAGCUGGGAGCAGAGUGGGAAAGACUCGCCAUCCACAUGGGUUUCACCAAAGCAAAUGUGUACAAGUUCAAGUGUGAUCAUCUCUACAACACGGACCAACAGAUCCUCGCGAUGCUGACCACAUGGAGAGACCGAAAGGGGAGGAACGCGACAAGACAGGAGUUGCAGCGUGUACUUAUAGAGGCAGGAGUUGACGUGAUAUCAUGUCUGUAA